UGCAAGUAAUGGUGCAUAUGGGAUUACUGCAUUACAUUGGGAGUUUGGUCAGGUAAUAGCACAAAACGUGCUUUGAAACUUCCAAAGUUCUAAAUGCUAAUAUCACUUCAGUCAAUUUACUCGAUUCUGAUUGGUUAAAACCCUGCCGAUUGAACAUUAAUCCUAUACAAAUCAUGAUGAACCCAAAUAAAUAACUUAAAUGCAAUGCUAAUUCAGAUACCGUGCUCAUGCACAUGCGAUUUUUACUUGUGAAGUUGUUUAAAACAUUAUACAGCUUCUCAUCUAGGAAAUAGUAAAGGUUUUUGCAUCAAUGGAAAAAAUAAUGCAACCAUAUACUGUACCUCCGGCAAGAAUCGUUUCAUAUGACCUUGGGGGAAUUUUUAUUAUCAGAUGUGAGAGUAAACUUAUAAAUUGUGUAAUAAUGAAAAGUAUAUUAAUCACUUUUUUAUGUAGUUUGAAGAAAAUGUUUUAGACUGUGUGCUACUCCUCUUGGAAAAAGAUAAACGAUUUGAACGACAUCCUUUAAAAUCUCAUCGAAAACAGAACAGCGCUUCAUGGUUAGGAAGAGUCCUAUCUGCUGUGGUAAGGUUAUAUAUUAUGAGGAACUCAAUUAUACAGUAUCAUAUUGUACCAGGAGAAUUUCCUGACCAUUUGCAAUAUGUUAUCGUAUCAUAUCGUUUUAUAUUGACUAUAUUGCAAACUUAAUAAUAUUAUUUCUUCAUUAUAUUAAAAAUCUAAUAAUGCAUCGAUGUGGAAAUCUAUACCGAUGAUAGUACCGCUAACCAAUAUUAUGUAAUGUUUACAACAUGAGCGGCUGUGUUGUAUCGGAUAUACAAACUCGAGCCGAAGCCGAGAGUUUGUAUAUCCGAUACAACACGGACGCACAUGUUGUAAACAACUUAAAAAACGACUCAUCUUAUAAGUUCAUUGGCGAAGUAAUUUUAAAAAUAAACGUUGUCUAAGCCGAGAAAAUCAAAGUUAAAGUUUAUGUUAAUCACAUCAUGGAUAAUAAAAUAAAUGGAUAGGAAACUAGCUGACGUGACCUAAUGUUUUUACUGGGAUUGAUGGCGUGGUUGGAUGCCUCAACCUAGUUGAAAAUCAAAUUCUCAAAAACGGCAUGUUUAGCAAUAAUACAGCUAAACAUUUUAGUCAAAGAGCAAAUAAAUGUAACCACGCCAUUCUACGAUGAAAAAUCUAAGUAUUCCCAGUCAAUUUUAGCAAAUAUUUCAAGCACUAAACAGUGAAAAAUACAUCGCAAAUUUCGUUAAAAUUUGUGACGCCAAUUUCGUAGCUACAAAUGUAAAAAAAUACAAAACAAAGACGAAAAACAUUUACCUUGAAUACUUUGUCGUGGCUUAGGCAUGUUUUUAAAACAAUUAGACCAGUUUACGCUUCAAGAUCACCCUUUUAAAGUGGAAAAUAUAGCAAAACAACAAAUAUGCCGAGAACUUUGGUAACAUUCGCAAUACGCGUGACGUCACGUUUUUCAACAAGGAUGCAGUCAAUGACGUCAGAAGUUUCCAAUCCAUUUAUUUUAUUAUCCAUGAUCACAUGAAUCUGUAUCACAUUUAUACAGAUACGACACGCCUAUGAUUUUUCUUUGUGUUUUCUUCAUGAAUUAUUAAUGAUUUUUUAAUGGCCAAUAUUGUAUGGUAAACGAUAUACCAAUAUUCUAUUUCACUUCGAAAUUCACAAAUGACAUUUAGAUUUAGACAAUUUGAUUUAUGACAAUUAUAAUACAAAAACGGCAAUAUCGCAAGCAAAAAUGCCGAUACCGUUAAAAAUACUUUUCGUGUUUUCAGUCUUUGAAGGAGGCAAUAUAAGAACUUAUAAGAUAUUUUGCCCAAAAGGUCGUCGCGUUCCUAAUAGUAUUAUUAGCUGUUUUGUAUUUUAUGCUAUUCUUAAGUUUUUAGGUUUUAUUUCUGAUUUGUGCGUUUGGGUUUUGGUUGUUAUAUCAAGUUGGGGUUUUGUAGAUAGACCAUUAUGUACGUAAAGACGUCUUGUUCUAUUGUCUAUGUUACCUCAUGCCUAUGGCGAAUUUGUUGCGCUCAAACAAAUAAACUAAAUAAAUAGAGCUGAUAUACAGUAGAUAUCGGUGUAUCCUUAAAACCGUUCGGGCAUAAAAACGGUUUACAGCACAAUUACAAGCUUCCGUCGACAAUCUGUGGAAAUCAUUAUAGAAAUACAUUUAAGAAUACAAACAUGUAGGCUUCAAAACUUUUAUUUCAAUGUCCUAAAUAAAAAUUUAUAAUUGUUCUAUACUUUGUCCUUUCCAAUUCGUUCCAUGCAUAAGUCUGUUUACAAACCAUGCUUAACUUUGCAAUAACAUAUGAUGCCUUUUGUCUUCUCUUCUAUUCUUUUCUUAUAAUUAUUGUCCAACGAAAUUUAAUUCACUCUUUUUUAUGAUUGCAGAUAAUCAGAAUUCAAAAAUUCAUUAAUAAUUCAUGAGGAAAACACAAAGAAAAAUCAUAAGCGUAUAUCGUUACGUAUCUUUAUAUGUGACGGAGAUUUCCCUUCAUUUACGUACUUAAACUUUAACUUUGAUUUUCUCUACUUACACAACGUAUUCUUUGAAAAUUACUUCGCUAAUGAAUUUACUAGAUCGAUCGUUUUUGAAGCAAUUCAAAUAAAUCUCUGAUAAAACACUGCUGCUCAUGUUUUAAAUAGUACUUCAAAAUUACGUGCAAGAUGCUUUGGCAAACUAUUUUGCCUUGUUUAUUUCUUGAGAUAUUUAAAAAAUAUGUUUUAUACGGAAAUUGUUCUCACUAUGACUUAAAAUUGCGUAAUAUCUUUUUCUGAAAAAAAGUUUUCUUAUUGUUAAUUAAUUCAAAUUUUUUGACAUACAACAUAUAUUUCUAGUAUAUUGACCAAACACAUACACACAGUUUUAUGAUGUCGCUGCACAAUAUUCCAUGAUGCAUGUUAAAGUUUUUCAUAAAGUCAUUAAGGGUUAUUAACCGAGAGCGAGGUCUGUACGGGAAAGUAUUUGCCUGAGGUUUUCUAAACCCAGUUUAUAUGAUAUUUGUUUAGAAUAUGGUAUUAUAGACGUUUAAUUCAUCUUUAUUUAUUUUUUGAAACAAGUGAACAACUCAAAAAAUUUUCCCGCCAAAACUUACGGUUGCCAGUAAGAGUUCAAACGGCUUGUUUUCUUAGCUUUUUCGAUGAAAUAUGUGUUGGUACAAGUACUUAAUAUUUCCAAGACUUCUUAUUCUUAAAAAUGAUCCAAGGAUACUUUUUCUUCACAUGACGACCUUAUAAAGAUGUAAAAAGUUUAAAACGUUUCAAAUUCGAGCCUGUCAAAUUGACAUACGGGAAACCGGUUCGGAUACGGGAAAAUAUGGACCACGGUCCGGAUACGCAUUUUUACGGACCGCACGUCGACCAAUCAGAAUCCAGGAUUCUGCAAAUGUAGUAUUUUAACCUUAAUAAUCCAACUAUGCGAAGUAAAACUCCCUUUUUAAUACAGCUGUCUAGUUCUCCUCGAGGUGCCUGUUUUUUCCCCGCCGGAAGUACUAACUCCCGGAUGUUACACUCCUUUUUCCCUGGAUUAAAACCAGAGUCCCUGCAACAUAACAUCUAAACUAAUAAUGUCAACACUUUAAGCUAACAGUUUAUAAUCCCUUAGUGUUUUAUAAUCUAAAAUUAAUGUAAUCACUCACGAAUAAUAAUCCGGUGUCUGUCUAUCUCUUUGCGGAUAUCGGGCUGCUGGAACUGCAUUUUCUUCGCUAACCACUUGUUGAUCUGGAACCGGUUGCUGGUCGAUAUCUGGAUCAAUGACGUCAUUUUCGUUUUCUUCGGGUGUUUCGCUAUGGAUCACCUGAUCUUGAUGGCGAUGAACCUCGCGGUCGUCUUCCAACUGUAUGGUAUAGGAAACUGGCCCGGUUUGUGCAUUAAUAACUCCUGGACACCACUUUUGUUGUUUUCCAUAUUUUCUCGAAUAUACUAACUCACCUGGUCGUAAUUGUUGAUCCACUGCAUGUUGAUCGUGUAACUCUUUCUGCUUCUUCUGUUGGUUCUGUUCUCUUUGCCUUACAUCUGGAUGUAGUACGUCCAAGCGAGAUCUUGGUUUUCUGCUCAUAAGCAUUUCCGCUGGCGCUAUCCCUGUGGUUGAGUGUGGCGUGAUAUGGUAUUUGAACAGAAACCGAGACACUCUGGUUUCCAAACUUUCCUUAUUUGACAUCUUCUUCAUCCCUUCCUUAAACGUUUGGACCGCCCGUUCUGCAAAUGCAAGUCCAUUGGAGGCUGGAUGAUAAGGAGCAGUACAUCUGUGAUGAAUUUCGUUUUUCACCAGAAAUUCUUCGAAUUCUUCACUGCAAAAAUUACUACCGUUAUCACUAACAAUUGUUUUAGGAAGGCUGUGGAUUGCAAAUGUUCAUCGAAGUUUUUCAAAUGUUGCUCUGGAUGUUGCCACAUUCGUUGGAUACACUUCGAGCCAUUUUGAGUACGCAUCGAUCAUGAUGAGGAACAUUUUCCCCAAGAAUGGACCAGCAAAGUCAAUAUGAAUUCUUUCCCAUGGUUGGCUUGGCCAUUCCCACGGGUGCAGUGGGCUUCAGGGGGAUUCUUUCUAUUUAUCUGGCAGUUGUUGCACGUUCGUACUUUGUUUUCCAAAUCGUUAUCCAUGUUCGGCCACCACACGUAGCUUCUUGCUAGACUUUUCAUCUUACAUAUUCCUGGGUGGGUUUCAUGUAAUUCGUCAACCACUUGCCUUCUUCCUUGGGGUGGAACAACCACUUUGUUUCCCCAACGUAUACAGUCGUCUUGAACACUCAGCUCGUCUCGUCGUGGAAAAUAUGGUUGAAACUCCCCAUCUGGACACUUGCUAGGCCAACCUUGUUUAAUAAAUUUCAAAACUCUGGCAAGUAUAGGGGUUCUCUUUGUCCAAUUCUUCACUUGCUCUGCUCUUAUUGGAGUAGUCUGCAAUAGUUCCAUGAGUUAGAUUGUUUCUUCAGGAACCGGUGUUGAACCUGGGGUGUCUUGCAAUGGUAAUCUACUGAGGGCAUCAGCAUUUGCAUUCUGAAUUCCUUCUUUGUACUGAAUGGCGUAGUCAUACGUAGACAAAAUUAAGGCCCACCGCUGAAUUCGAGCUGCAGCCAUUGGUGGUGUCAUUUUAUCCGGAUGAACUACCCGCUCAAGCGGCUUGUGAUCUGUCAGUAUGGUGAAAUGUCAACCAUGCACGUACUGGUGAAAUUUCUUGACACCAAAUACGAUGGCUAGCGCCUCUUUGUCUAGUUGAGAAUAGUUUUUUUCAGCUGCGGACAAUGAUCUCGAGGCAAAUGCAAUUGGUUGUUCUGUGUUGUCAUCCAUCCUGUGUGACAAAACAGCCCCCAAGCCAUAUGGUGAUGCAUCGCAAGCCAGUAUUAACUCCUUCUCCGGGUCAUAAUGCACCAAUAGAUGUGAGGACUUCAAGAACUCUUUGGAUUUUCUAAAUGCCUCUUGGUGCUCUUCACUCCAUUUCCAGCUUUUCCCUUUUUCCAACAGGAUGUGCAGUGGUGCCAGAAUUGUUGAUAAAUUUGGUAAAUAACUCCCGGAUGUUACAGCAAAGCCAUUAAUAAUAUUAUUUAUUUUUUGAAAAUUCCUUCCCCAAUGAACUUACUAGAUCGAUCGUUUUCGAAACAAUUCAAAACAUUCGCAGUGCGUGUUUUAUCAGACCUAAAGACAUUCGGCUUCGCCUCGUAUCUUUACAUCUGAUAAAACACUGCUCCUCAUGUUUUAAUUAAAUAGUACUUCAAAAUUACUUGCAAUAACUUGAAAGACGCUUUGGAAAACUAUUUUGCCUUGUUUAUUUCUUGAGAUAUUUAAAAAUGUUUUAUACGCAAAUUUUCCUCACUAUGACGUAAAAUUGCACAAUAUCUUUUUCUGAAAAAAGUUUCUUGUUGUUAAUUGAUUCAAAUUUUUUGACAUACAACAUAUAUUUCUAGUAUAUUGACCUAACACAUACGCACGGUUCCUUAAUGUCGCUGGACAAUAUUCCAAGAUGUUGAAGUUUUUCAUAAAGUUAUUAUUGUAAUAUGCCUUCAUAGUGAAGAUAAUUUGCAUAUUUUAAUAUGUUGCAUGUAUUUAAAAAUACUGUUAAAUAUCUCCAGAACCAAGCAAGCUAAGAUACUUUAGUAAUGUAUCUUAUCCGGUUAUUUUGACUUUUCUUUACAAUAAAAUCAUAAAGAAAGUGUGUAAAUAUUUUUGUUGCAUAAUCACCAAAGGAAUCUAUUGAGACUAGUAUUAUAGUUGAAUAACCGAAAUUAUUGCAAAACACUGAUACCAUAUACGAAAGAGGCUUAGACUGUCUUUAGUGUUCUGCAACUCAAUUCCAUUCCCUUCAUCAUAUACAUUUAGCUAAACUGCCAACAAGACGAUGGCCUAUUGGUGGGCAAUUGGUCAGGUAAAUAUGAGAAAGGUAAAUCACCAUCGAGCUGGCUUGGCAGUGCAGAUAUAUUCCAAGAAUACUACAAAACUAAUCAAGCAGUGAAAUAUGGUCAGUGCUGGGUUUUUUCUGGUGUCAUGAAUACUGCACUAAGAGCGUUGGGAAUUCCUGCAAGAUGCGUAACAAAUUUUGACAGCGCUCAUGAUACUGAUGAAUCUAUGACCAUAGAUGUUAUUGAAAGUGAAGAUGGAUUAAGAAUGGAGGAUGUUUGUGAUGAUAGCAUUUGGUGAGUUUUCACUGGAAAAAAAUGUGAAAUCCGUACUACGAAAUUUGCAAUUGUACCGGCUAAAUCCAUAGUAUAUCCAUACUAUUUCGAUACUAUAUCCAUAGAAUGGAAAUAUACAAUUAUUAUGGUUAACCAAAAUCCACUGAUUCUAUUUCCAAUAAAGGUCCAUACAAUUUCCACUCUAUGACCUUCUAUAUAUGGAUUUUCAAUUUUUUCAGUUCCCCAGUGUUUAUUGCUAAUUCUUCUUCCAUAUAUCUUUAUAAAUUGGUUCUUCAUCUAGGAAAGCAGGGAAAAACAGAACAGUGAUUGAAUAAAACCAAUUUACAAUGUGAACAACAGUAACAUUGCCUCACGUUCGAUGUUUUUGCAUUGUGCAUGUUUUGUUUUAUUCGUACGGGCAUACGAAAAUGUCACAUGUUAAAAUGCCCUUUAAAGAUAAAAUUCUACUGAUAAAAACUGGUGUGGAAAACGUAUAUUGAUAUUUUGUUUUGUGUUUUACGUAAUUGUUAACGUGGGCAGCAAUUUUACUGCGCUGAUCACUGAAAAAAAAAUUGCAAAUCCAUAGAAGGACCUUUAUUGGAAAUAGAAUGGAUUUUGGUUAUCCAUAAUAAUUGUAUAUUCAUUCCAUAGUAUGGGUAUAUAGUAUGAAAAUAGGAUGGAUAUACUAUGGAUUUAGUGGUGCAAUUGCAAAUUUCGCGUAGUAUGGAUUUCACUUUUUUCAAGUCGACUUGAAUUUACUUGUUUUGGAAAAUGAUACAUAACGAAAGAAAAAUAUAUAAUAUAAGCUAUGUUUUUUUGGAUAUUUGGUUUUAAUAUUUUUGCACAAGUGAGUAUAACAAAUCCCACAACCUGAUUGGUCAAAUUUGACGCAUCAAGCUGCUAUAUUCGCCUGCAGGUGAAUAUAACAAAACCGACAUUUGAAAAAUGGCGGCUAGCCGUUUUGUGGAAGUUACUGCAUGAUAAAGAAAUUAGGAAAAUUAAAAUCAAUUCAGUCCCAAAAAAAUACAAAAGACUUGUGUAGAAAUACUAAAACAAUUAUUCGCGGCUUGGUGAUUAUGGGUAUAAAGCAAUUCAGGACAAGACAUUGUUAAUUACAAUUAGUAAUAAUGUCGUGAAAUUAAUACAUGUAGUUUACGUAAUAUUGGAAGAUUGCUCGUGUUAAAAUAGUCAUUUCUUUAUACUAUGCAGCAUUUAGAAUGUUCACACAUAAAAUUUGAUUUUCACAUUUUUCACAUGUGUGAAAUUUCUAUUUCGAUGUGGAAUUGGAACUUCACAGUGAAAAAUCUUUUUCAGAUCAUGUGAAAUCAUAUGUGAAAUUUUCGUAAGGGAAUUCUUUAAUUUUAAUUUCUCUUACGAUAAUUCACAUAUAAUUUUACAUGUGAAACCUUCACAUGUGAAACUGCAUAUAUAUAUUUUCACAUCUGAAAUUAAGGGAUCAUAUGUGAAUUUUAAUUAUUAAUAAUUUCACAUGUGAAAUCAUUUUUCACAUGUUCAAUUGAAACACUCUUCACACGGUCGGCAUGAAAAGACAAUUCCACAUGUGAAAUCAUGCAUAUGUUAACGUUAUAACAAUGUACACGUUUAACUAAUAUAUAAACGUAAAACAUGGAUUAACUCGUUUAGUCGUUUAUUUGUAUACAAGACAUUUGUAUACCGUGUUAUUUCUUCAUCUGCAGGAAUUUUCAUGUCUGGAAUGAAAUAUGGAUCAAAAGAAAAGAUCUAGCAUCCAAUAACUAUGAUGGUUGGCAUGCCGUCGAUUGUACACCACAAGAAAAAAGUUCUCAGUUGUAUCAGAUGGGACCUGCUCCACUGACCGCCAUUAAAAAUGGUGAAACUUACGUCGGAUAUGACACUGCGUUUGUUUUUGCUGAAGUUAAUGCUGAUUAUGUGAAAUGGAUCGCGUUAAGGGAUGAUAGUGGCGAUAUUGUGUUUGAGGGUAGGUGUAUAUAUUUCCAGACAACAUUCUGUCCUGCAUUCAUGCGCUGCAUGCAUGACAACGUAUUGGUGCGUACAACAAGCCGACAAGCGAAUGAAAGGAAUGGUAAUUUAUUGCAAGAAGUAAAUUAUCUUGAGAAUGGCCAGACGCAUGAAGAAAGCUCUAUUUCAAGCUCACUAAGUUUAAUUUUUGCAUUUGUUUAUAUUCGAAAAGCAAAAUGUUGCAUGAAUUCUAUAAUCAAGCGGGUAAAAUUCCUUAAUUUUGAAAUGCUUUAAAUUUGUAUCUCGAUGAAAACAUUUUCCAAUAUUUUACACAUUAAAAAAGAACAUCAUUAUUUAAAUCAAACACAUGACGAAAACCGGUAUUUUGGUUCCAACUUAAUUUUUCGGCGUAAUUUUAUUAGAUGCAUGUAUAUCAGAACUUAAAAACAACAGAGCUAUAUUUUAUUGAUUUAUAAAAAAGACUAUUAAUUUAAGAGAUGGUUAAAUCAUUUGAGAGUAAAUGAGAUAUAACAAAGGCAUACAUGCCUCAUUAAUUAUUUAUGAACUAGCUAUAAUUACUGGCUAAAUAUAAAAAUAGAACUAAUUAACAUUUCAAAACCAGAAUUUAGGGUCUAUAUAUAGGCAUACGGUAGGCAGCAUGCGACAUCCUUCAGAAAUAUUUCCAGAUUUUGGGGUUAAUUGAAAUGAUUCUGAAUAUGACAUGAAGGGAAACAAAAAUUCUUUGAUACGGUUGUUUGAUGAACCUAUAUAUAGCUCGUAUUUAUUAUAAUAAUGUCUCACAUAUAAUAAGAGGUUUCGAUUAACAUGUACAAUUAAUCAUUGUAUUCAAUCAAACAUGAUAUUGUCUUGUUGGCAACGUGACAGAUCUCACAUAUAAACAAAUAAUGCAGUCAUCCACAAAUCAAGUUAUAGCAGCAAACCGGUUUCUUCCUCAAAGUGAUUGUUCCUUCUAAUUUCAAUGUUCGAUAACACAUUGUUUUCCGCACGAAAACCUCAGAUGCAGCUCAGCCUUAGUGGAUACGCUACAAGUAAAAUUAGCAUCACCAAUAAUCAAUCACCUCUUUUACGAAUACGUCGAUGGAGGAGCGAUCAGAGGAAACGAACUGGAAAACGCAAACUUAUCUGCCCACCCCAGAAUGUAUUUGUAUUUUGGAACAUCUGUUGCUUGAUUUUCAGACUACAUCACAGGCUACUUUUUGGUAUCUUGUUAACUAAGUUCUUUUCUCCUCUAUAUUUUCGACAUGACGAACCUUCAUGCACUGAAUAAAUAACGAUAAUUCACUGGAAGGGCCAACAUGGGAGCUGGGUGGUGGGAUCUCCCCACCCCCCGCAUACACACACACCAUCCAAUUGAUAUUUAUAAACAUGGCACUGCCAUCAAUGGUGAGAACAUAUUCACUUACAUGCAACAAACCUAUAACUUUGACUUUUUCUCACCAAUAUACAGAGGCGAAGUACAGAAACAAGACGUAUAUAGGGAAAUACAUCAGCACAAAGAUGGUUGGAGAAGACAAACGUGAAGACAUCACUUGCCUCUACAAACAUGCUGAAGGAUCUGCAGAAGAAAGAGCAGCAUUCCAAAAUGCUCACAGUUUUGGCCAAGGUUCAGGACUGAGAAAAGCCCUUUUAAACAAAGAUGAGGAUGGAAAUGACUUCGAAAUUGGUAUAUAUGUCGAGUUGCAUUAGAUAUCAUUGCAAUACAAUUCAUCUAAAUGCCUUGCCUUCUAGUUGUAUUGCAUUUUAUUUCAUAUUUAUAGCGUAUUUAAAAAUUGUAUUGAAUCAAUAUUAAUUGCAUAUUCGUGAAGGGUUAAACAGGGCCGCCGAGAGAAUUCGCGGGGUCCGGGACAAAUCUUCUCUGGGGGCCCCAUGACAUCAUAUUUUUAGCUAGACCCAACUAGACCUUACCUAGACUGCAUGUGGAAGUAGUUUAAUUAAGGGGCCCUCAAUUUCAAAACUGUGCUGACUAGUUUAAAGAACCUACUCAAUUUUAGGCUCUCCCUCUCAAGUUGGGACCAUAUCAAGGCGGGGCCCCGGGGCAAAUGUACUCCUUUAAUUAUCUAGGAAUUAUCUCUACGAAAAUCGAUUGAGCAUAAUUCAAGAUCAGUAAACUCAAUGUUUGUAACAUUUUAAAAUAUUUUUAUUGUUAAAAACAUUGUGUUUACUGAUCUUGAAUUAUGCUUAAUUGAUAUUUUCCUAGUUAGUUUUUCAAUUAAAAGAGCUAAAAUGCGCCUUAAAAACCAUCAUUCAAAAGGCUGAACUGUGCAGUCAUGAUAACAAAUUUAUUGUGCAUUGACUGCAUGAUUGCAUUUAUUGUGCAUUGAUUGCGCAUUGUGCAUUGAUUGCAUUUAUUGUGCAUUGUGCAUGCAAUUUUUGCCUGCAGUUAACUAAACAUUCCUUAAACAAUUAUUCUGAUGAGUGAUCCUUUACAAAUAAGCCUUAGAAAAAGAAAAACUUAUACUACAAAAAAUGUUGUUAAAUAAGCUGAAUGAAGCUAAAAGCUUUGGUCUACUAUUUUUCCUGAACAUCUCCUAAUUCUUGCUUCAUAAACCUCAUUUUUUUUCAUUGGGAAUUUAUGAUUUAUUCUUUUUAGUUAGGUGCAGUGAUAAAAUUUCCUUAAAAUAAUCUUAUCUUGCAUUUUAGAUUUAACUAUGAAGCCUGGAACAAUGAUCCAAAAUGGCACAGAUUUUACAUGUACAAUUCACCUUAGAAAUAUCUCACAUCAAACUUCGACUGUCAAUGUCACUGUAGUAGCCAGCACAACAGAAUAUACCGGCAGAAUGAAAGCACUGGUUAAGAGAGAGAAGUUAGAAAAUAUAACUGUCCCUGCCGGAGAAAGUAUGUACAAUUUUGUGUCCAAAUGUAGCUUAACGUUAAAGUACGUUCAUGCACAGCCAGGGCCAUAGCGAGAGGGGAGGUAAAAUAGUUUUGCGGACAAACAAUUGUUGACUAACUUUCCAAUUCAUGUACCGCAAUUUCUUAAAUUUUUCGGUAAUAUUUUCAUAAAUUUAUUAAAAUUUUUGCUGUAACUAAAACUCUUCUCCGAGUCACUCAAAUAUUUUCGCCGACUACAAAAACGAUUUGCCGAUAAAAUCGUUAUUUUGCCAAAAAGACGAGUUCAGGGCGUGUCACCCCCUCCCCCGCUACAGCUGCGGCCCUGUGCGCAGCGUCACCUGCUUAUCGAUGUGUUUUAGUCGGCGUAAAUCUUGAAAAAGUUCAGUAACACCAUGAUAGCGAGGGCUUUUCUUAAAUUACGAUACAAGAAAAUAACGAUAAAAUCUUGCACCUCUACCCUACCCCACAGUAUUUCAACCAACCAUUAUUCCCCCUUUCCACGGCCCAGCUCGCCUCUUUUACUUCAACAUCAACAUAAUUUUAUUGUAUCUUUUUAGAUGUGGAAAAAGAAAUUGUAGUGAGUGCCGAUGAAUACGUCAGCAAACUUUCAGAUCUUAAUUUUAUGAAAAUUGUCGCCAUUGCAAAAGUUCUGGAGACGAAGAAGCAGUUCGUAGAGGAUUGCAAAAUACAACUUUUUCAUGCUGAAUGUAUUGCUAUUCAGGUAUGAGAAUUGAGUAAUUAUGCCAACUAUAAUCUCACGAAUAGGCUAGAUAUAGAAUAGGCCAACUGUACACUAGUCUAGCUGGAACAGGCAUACGAUCCUUUAAGCCCCGUUUACACGAGAAAUUUUUAUGUGACAAUUUUGAUGUGACAAUUUUUAUUUGCUCGUGUAGACGAGGAAAAUUGGACAAUUUUUUCUGUGGCAAAUACAGUUGCUGAAAAGCUAGCGUGUUAGCUUUUAUAUGACAAAUAAAAGUUGUCACAUACGAAAAAUUGCUCGUGUAGAUUACUUGACACAUAAAAUGUCAUAUUUUUUUCCCCGCCGUAUUUGUAAAAGUAUAAUUAGUGUCCGCGCCAUGUUUUAUUGGGCUGUUCAUAGAUAUUUUUUAAACAGGAAUCAAGUGCAUCAACAAUUAUUUGUUGUCUCCGGCAUCUACACGACCAAAUACAUUUCUCACAUAUAAAUAUGAAAAAUUGCCACAUAAAAAUUGGUCGUGUAAACGGGCUUUACAGUGCAUGGGGAAAUAUUAGCAGGAGCAGAAAGAAAUUUGCCCGACGAGAAAAGUAAAUGCCUGCCGUGAUACCAUUGGGAAAGCGUUUUCGAUCCUUUACAGUGACUGGCAUUUGCAAUUAGCGAUAAUAAACAGUUGAAAUAUCUGCAGAAGUUGCCAAAACGUCUUCACCACGCAGUAAAUGGCCAAUUGACUUUCUCUGUUAUGAUUUUAACUAAUUUUGAAGCCUAAACGACUUGAAAUAUCAAGGAGAGCUCACUUCUAACACAUGUCAAUCAUAUCCACUUCACUGUUUUCUUAGUUCUUGGACCCAGUAAAACCUGGUCAACCAACUCGUGUUGAAAUUACAUUCAUCAACAAACUGAAUGUUCACAUGACGAACGUAACUUACAGUGUCAAUGGAAAAGGAUUGACAAGAACCAUUAGCCAACAAAG